UCCACGCGCCUCCGUUUCAGUAGGUGGCGCUACUCAGUGUGACACCGCGAGUCAGCGUCACAGAAGAAGAUGGGCAUCACGAUGACAACAAACGCCUUUUGAAUCCGAGGAGAAUCUGAGUAGUUCAGGAGAAAAGGCGCGACAUGGCUGAAGGCAGCGGCGGCGUGAGUCCGAACAGUCUCCCUCCAGGAGACCCGCAGCUGAUCGCGAUGAUUGUGGAGCAUCUGAAGAACCGAGGACUCUUCGACGAGUUCCGCCGAGACUGUCUGGCCGACGUGGACACCAAGCCCGCCUACCAGAACCUGCGGCAGAAAGUGGACAACUUUGUCACGUCACACUUGAGCACGCAGGACUGGAACCCGUCCAUCAACAAGAACCAGAUGCGGAAUGGACUGCGACAAAGUGUCGUCCAGUCCGGAAUGUUGGAAUCUGGCGUCGACCGGAUCAUCACUCAAGUCGUGGAUCCCAAGAUGAAUCACACGUUCAGGCCGAACAUCGAGACGGCAGUGCACGACUUUCUGUCUGGAGAGAAGAAGGAGGAGAGCAGCUCAGAACCCACGGAACCCACAGACGCUCCUUCUGGAGCCAGAACCCCGCCACAGGAAGCGGAUCCUCCCUGGGAGUCCAGUUCGGGGGCGCAGAACAACAUUCAUGCCGCAGAGAUGCUGGAGGGCGAUAUCAUGCUCUGCCUGGACUCGGCAGAAGACAUGAGGUCAAAGCUGUGUGUGCUCUGGUUGACGCUGCUGCUGAGUCAACAAGCGCCGAGUCUGGAGCUUCAUGAAGCUCAGGAGAAACCGGCGGUCGCGGCUAAAAAGCGUCUCUCCGUGCAGAGCGCAGGGGAGAUCCAGAGCUGCCUGCUGGGCGCAGGGGACGUGGGCUGCGGGACGUUUCAGUGUUUCAGCAACAACUCGUGCCAGAUCCACGGCCUGCACCACAUCUGCCUGACGCUGCUGCACAACGCCGGGCGCUACGACUCGCAGGGCAAGUCGUUUGUGAAGGAAGCGCUGCGCUGCCUGGCGCUGGGGCUGCGGCAGCGCUUCAGCUGCGUGAGCCGCCGCUGCGCCGCCGUCAAGGAGCUGGUGUUCACGCUGCAGAGGGAGUGCUACGCCAAACACCACCUCUGCCUGGCUCUCAGGGACCACCUGGACACCACGGGGAGCCUGGUGCAGUUCCAGCUGCUGUUUCCUCCCGGGCCGUACCUGGAGCUGAUGAACUUCCUGCUGAACUGUGGUGACCAGGUCGAGUCCUGGGUCAGCCGCCGCCUGCAGGAGCAGUGCCAGCAACACUGGGGGGCGCUGUGCAGCAGCUUCAGCAGAACCUGUUCAGCCAACCAGUCGGACGCGGCACCGACGCCGACCCAGCUGUGGGCGGAGCAGAGGGCUGCUGGACCAGAGGCGAGAUAA